AUGACUCUUCUAUCUCCAAACAGGAUCGAUCUAUUGAUUCUGCUCUUUGGUGUGGCAUGGAGUAGCACCAUCGCACAAGACAUGGCUCUCAACACUACCCCUGAGAGUGAUAUGAUGUCGACGUCUAUAUCAUACUUCAACGAGUCCGUAAACGAGAGCGAUGUCGAGACGGGUUCAUCAGGUUGGGCCUGGUACCCAUUCACUUGGACCUGGUGGCUCAUCGUCCAAACCAUCCUGGCCAUCCUGGGCGUCAUAGGAAACGGCAUCGUGGUGGUUGUCAUCUACCAACGCUAUUACUCAAUACGCUCCACCGACAUCCUAAUCGGGGCUCUCGCCAUCAGUGACCUCCUGACAUCCAUCUUCUUAUUCCCGAUCCCUUGGGCGAAGAAGGUUCCUGAUAACAUCCUGGGACGUCUUUACUGCAAGCUCCUGUACCCUUCGUUCUUCCUAUGGUUCUGCAUCACAGCAGCUACCUACCUCCUGGUGGGAAUCUGCAUUGAGCGCUAUGUGGCCAUCGUCUAUCCUCUAUACUUCAACCGAGUCAGCAGUAAACGGAAGACCACCACCUUUGUUCUUGGCUUGUGGCUGUUCAGCUUUCUCCUGGUGGUCUACACCCUCUUCAUCUUCAUCUAUGACGAAAGCAUUGGUUACUGCGCUGGCAUCAUCAAGACCGAGCUGGGCCGGGUUGUCCAAGCCUACUAUGCCAUCUCAAUCCGGCUGAUCAUUCCUGUAGCGAUCAUGUUAGUCACCCAGAUCCUCAUCGCUAGGUCUCUUCACAUCCAGGCUAAGCGGUUCCAGGGAAUGGUCAACAGCGGUAAGGGUGACUCGAACCAGUCAUUCCACGUCGUCGCUCGGAACCGCAUCGUCAAGAUGAUGCUGAUUGUUGUCUUGGUAUACGUCGUGACUUGGUGUCCUAACCAAAUAGCCUAUCUCUGCUUCAAUCUCGGAUACAUCAGCUCAUCCUACAGAGGAAGUUCUCUGCAUCGGAUCCUUACCUUGGUAGGUUUCCUCAACUCCUGCGCCAACCCCUUCAUCUAUGCUGCAAGAAACCCUGAGUUCAGGUCAGCAGUUAUGAACAUAUUCCUGUGCUCUAAACAAAAGGAUGAAGCUGUAUUCAGUGGAUCAGGCAGAAACACAAAAUAA